AUGGCUUGGGGUAAACCUGAAAAGGCUCCUGAGCAGAGCCCCCUUCGAGUGGGUGGCGCCUUUCUGUCCAUGAUGGCUGCGUUGGCGCUUGUGUGGCUGCCCGUGCAGGAGGCACAGGCUGCACGCUCCGGUGGCCGUAUUGGUGGUUCUGCCCCAGCUGCUCGUAGCCGGCCACCUCCUCGUGCUCCUGUUGCCAGCAGCAGCAGCAAGACCACCGUGAUCAACAAGACCACCGUCAUCGCUCCGCCACCUGUGGUUGCUGCUCCACCCAUGGGAAUGGGCAUGGGAGUUGGCUUCGCUCCUGCCCCGGUGGUCGUGGCACCUGCUCCUACCCUUGGCGAUGUGGUUGUUGGAACUGUCGUUGGAGGGGCCAUCAACAACGCCAUCACAGGAGGGCACAGCGGACCCAGCAACACCGACAGACUCCUGGAGAACCAGCAGCGUCAGGAUGAGCGCCAGAUUGACAACCAGCAGCGCGAGAUUGAGCUGUUGAAGUCGGAGAUCCAGUCGAUGGUGGGCUGCAAUCUGCCUGAGAAGGUUGCAGGUUUGUUGAUCGAGAAGGAGCUGAACGCAUUCUCACAGGUCUUGAGCACUCCUGCUCGGCCAUUGGUGGCAAUCGUUGGUGGUGCAAAGAUCAACGACAAGAUCAAGCUCAUCGAGAAUCUGAUUGACAAGGCAGAUGGCAUCAUCAUUUGCGGCGGCAUGGCAUACACCUUCUUGAAGCAGUGCUUCGGAAUGAAGAUUGGCAAGAGCCUUUUUGACAAGAAGGGCGCAGAUAUUGUGCAGGGUAUGCUGGACAAGGCUGCAGCAAAGGGCUGCGAGGUCACCUUGCCCAUCGACUGGCUGUGUGGAAAAGAGUUCAAGAACGAUCAGGAGACCAAACUUGUCACAAAGGAGGAGGGCAUCCCAGAUGACUGGGAAGGUAUGGACUGUGGACCCAAGAGCAUGGAGCUUUUUGCCAGCAAAGUGAAAGCGGCCAAGACAGUAGUUUGGAAUGGGCCAGCUGGCGUUUUUGAAUUCGACAACUUCUCCAAGGGAACCAAGGCGCUGCUGGAAGCGGUUGCAGAUCUUCAUGCCUCAGGUGGUGUCGGCAUUAUUGGUGGUGGCGACUCGGCCACUGCUGCUGCCAAGUGGAACAUGGAGGACAAGGUCUCCUUCGUCUCAACCGGUGGCGGUGCUUCUCUUGAGUUGAUGGAGGGCAAGAUUUUGCCUGGCAUUGCAGCUCUGGCAGAUGCUCCUCCCAAAUGGGAGGGCACCGUGACUGGGAAAUACCAGUGGGACGACAAGAAGAAAUCCAACACUGACGCAGACAAGGACAUGAGCAGUGCUGGCGACGCAAUCACAAAGUACAGCUGGGGAGAUGGAAAGAAGCAGGUCAGCAUUUACAUUGAGCUUGAUGGCCUUGAUGCCUGCACCGAAGAUAUGUUUCAGGCAACAUCUGGUGAGACCGAUGUCUCCCUGACCAUCACCGAGGUCGCUGGCAGGAAAAGAACAUUCGCAUUGAAGGACCUUGCCCAUGAAAUCGAUGGAGUCAAGGUCAAUCAGAAGAAGGGCAAGGGCAUGGUAGUCCUCAAGUUGGUGAAGAAGGAGGAGAAGCCGUGGUUCAAGCUGCAGGAAUCUUCUGGUGGCGGAGGUGGUGAUGAUGAAGAAGAGGGCGGCAUGGGUGGCAUGGGCGGCAUGGGCGGCAUGCCAGGCAUGCUGUUCCGAAGACUCACCGGCUCAGGGAGCCCGGAAGAGAGGUGGGCGGGUUGUGAGUUUAGCCAUAGGCUUUCCUUCGAAGUGGCUGUGGACAGCCUGGGACAUUUGACCACGGCUCCGUCAGUGGUGAGAAAAAGGCGUGGUCGCCUUGGGGAUGUGACUGGAAGAGGCUACCAGGCAUUUGCAGUUGACUGGCUGGAGACGGUGAAGCAGAGUUUGACAACCCUGCAACUUGAUCCAUGUCUGGAAGUGAGACCGCCGAUGGUCAAGGAGUUUGCCAUGCCUUCAGAGUUCAUGAGUUUGCCCGUGGUGACGGAAAAUCCGCCCACCCAGGAACAGGUGCCGAUCGAUCCCAUGACGCUCGAAGAGUUGUCAGCAGAGAUGGUCACCUUCGGGAAAGCAAACUCCGGCAGGAGCUUUGCAGAAGUGUGGGACCAUUACGCAGACUGUCCAGACUGGACCCAGUGGUUCUUUGCCCAUUACCAGUCAAGCAAAAAGACGGAGCACCGCAAGAUGUGCUUGCUCAUCAAAAAGAUGAUCGAAGAGUCCGAGAAUAACGCCACCUAUGCUCCCACAACCGAGGCCAGUCAUGCCAUGCCCAAGAGCCUGGCACAUCCACUAUUAGCCACUGCAAAGCCUCGCCCAGGCCCAUUGCCUGCACGGGUACCGAGAUUCCAGAGACCGGUAUAUGCCAUGGAUCCCAACCGGAGAUCAACAGGAAGCCGUCACGAAUCUGCAGCAGCGAGUUCAGAGCAUGGAGGGAGGUCUCCAGCAGAUCAUUGCGAUCCUUAG